AUGACUUCCUUGUUCGCUAAAGAACUUCGCCUUUCUAAAAGACAUGAAGAAAUAGUAUCACAAAGAAUAAAGUUACUUCAACAAAGGAAGAGUAAAUUAGAUCAAAACAGGGAAAAAGCAUCCCAGACUCAAGCAGCUGAGGCUGCUUUUAAAAGGAACCUUAGCCUUUUAAAGGACAUAGAAGCCGCAGAAAAGUCUCUGCAGAUCCGGAGUCACCCACUUCCACUGCCCGAGGUGGUGUCUCUUGAGACUCUUUACUGGGCAUCAGUGGAAGAAUAUAUUCCCAAAUGGGAACAGUUUCUUUUAGGAAGAGCACCACAUCCUAUUGGUGUUGAAAAUCAAGAUGAAGCAGAAAAUACUAUUCGGAACAAGGCACAGUGA